AUUCGCCAGUCUCAACCGGAAAUGUAGCUUUCUUGGAAAACUGCAGGGGAAAUAUAAACUAUAUAAACUUAUGUAGAUCGUGUCAGAACACGACAACCCACCAGCAAUGGAUCUUCAGUUUUUCGCUUUGGUGUUCCUCCUAGCCGUAGUUGAAGCUCGUGCUCAAUUCAAACCCGCUCAACCUUGCGAUCCUCAGAAGUGUCUUCCUCCAAAUUGCCGAUGCAGCGAGGAUCGCAAACCUCCGGGUGGUCUGACGCCUAAGGAAACUCCACAGAUUAUCAUGGUCACUUUCGACGACGGUAUUGAGGAGCGAUUCUACGACUUGUACAUCGAGCUGUUAGACGAAGUGCGAAAUCCUAACGGCUGCCCUGCCGUGGCAACCCUGUUUAAUUGCAACGUAGGCACAAACUACUUCUGGGUGGAAACUGCGUAUUCCAAAGGGUUCGAGAUAGCGGAUCAUACCGUUACCCACCAGGGAGCCACUUACUAUGAAAAAGCUAAUUACACUGUGUGGAAGAACGACAUCGAUGGGCAAAAAGAGAUUUUGCAUCGAUUUGCAAACAUACCCUAUGAGGAAAUUACUGGAUUUCGAGCACCAGACCUUAUGUUCACUGAGAACAUGUUUAAGGUUUUGUAUACGAGUAACUUCACUUAUGACCUCUCCUGGCCUGUUAAUGCUAACUUUGAUGGGCGUGACCCAAUGUACCCCUAUACCCUGGACUACCAGUCGACCGAGCCCUGUCCUACCCAAAAACAACCGUGCCCAAAGAUGUCCUACCCAGGGCUCUGGGAGAUUCCUAACAUCAACAUCAUGAACAAAGAUAACACAACAUGCGCUUCGAUGAUGGAUGGGUGUGAUCGAGCGGGGAACGCAACAGCCUGGUACGACAGACUGGUCAACAACUUCCAUUAUCACUACGACACGAACCGUUCUCCCUUUGGGAUGCAUAUGCACGUGACCUUUUUCUUAUCAGCCCUUGGUAAUGAUCACAUGGUGGCCGCAAAGAAAUUUCUUAAAUACGCCGAGGAUCUGGGGGAUGUUUGGAUUUUGACACCUUCUCAAGUCAUCGCUUGGAUGAAAGACCCUCAAAAUGAUGAGCAGGCAAAGAGUUUCGCUCCUUGGAAGUGUCCUGAACGUCCAAAGCCGCGAUGCGAUUUAUCGACUGUCAACCGUUGUCACUACACGGUGAAGGGUGAACAGGUCUACCUGAUCACCUGCACCAAGUGUCCUCCGCAUUAUCCAACGCCUACUAAUCCAGACGGAAAUUAGAAGAAAUGCUAAGAGCAGUCAGAUCAGAUACGCGCUAGAUACAGUUUUGAUGGCUAAUUGACAGUUGAAUAAAUCUGCACUCCGGAUGGAAGAGAAAAAGAGAGAGAAUUUUAUCUUCAGAUUAUUAAACGAUGAUUUCAUUCUUUUUUUCAAUAUCCUUUCUUUGUGGCAAAAAAUUGACCGAAAAGUGACCGAGAGUUUCCUUUGUCACAUCGUUUUACUAUGUUUAUAUUUCUGUGUAUCUUUGACUUAGUGAAGGAUUCAAUCCGAUUUACUUGGUGGCUCUUUAUGUUGGUAGUGAAAUAUAUACUGUGCUGUAGCUAUUUCUUUGGUGCAAUGUGUUUAAAUAAAGUGUUGAUUGAUUGAUUGAUUGAUAA